GCGGUUUUUUCUUAUUGUCGCAUGAUAAAAAAAAUAUCAUUGUAAAAUGUUAUUUUAACCAUGAAUUUAUUUGCAUAAUUUGAAUUAAUUUAGCGUGAAAAUGGAGCUAACAUGUUCAAGUUGUUGUUGGUCAGAUUUUAUAAAUAUAUAUAUUUCAAAAAAAUAACGAAAGAACUUUUGCAAUUUUCAUGUAAUUUACCACUUGCAUCUCACAUAGAAUGAAGAAAAUCCUAAUUGUAUAAACAACGAUGAAAAAAAAUAAAUUUUUCAAGUGCAGAAGAAAAGGUUGCUACGUGUACGUAACAGCAAUACUUGGUUUGCUUUUAACAACUUCUGGAUUUUUUUCAAACGAAAUACUAGAUGACAUCUUUAAAAAGAAUCUAUACAAGAAUCUCAUACUUGUGGAUGGAAAUGCUGCAUACAAUAAUUGGGCUGGUACUGAUGGAUUAUCACCUGUUAUGCACUUUUAUAUAUUUAAUUAUACUAAUGUUGAUGACAUUUUACAUGGCGUAAAACCUAAAAUUCAGCAGUUGGGACCAUAUUCAUAUAGAAAUCAACGCCUUAAGAGUGUUCUAAGUGCUGAUGAAUAUACUUUAACAUAUCUGCAAAACUAUUCUUAUAUAUUUGAAAAAGAAACUUCAUGCAAAGAGUGUAAUGAAGAUGAUAUAAUUUAUACACCAAGUUUAGCAGCGGCAAUAAUGCUUAGUUUGGUGAAAAAGUCAUCGAUCAAGCCAGAUAGUAUUUUUUACAAAUUGUUUGCCGAAACUGCUAAUAGAAUUUUUAGCUUUGAAGAUGUAACCUUGUUCAAAAAAAUAACUGUGCAACAGUUAUUGUGGGGUUAUACAGAUAAAUUUUUAAAUGAUAUCUCUCAAGCAGAAAGUAUUAUUGAACCUAUAUUAAAGCUACUGAAGGUUGAAAUGCCAAAAAUUAGAUCAUUUGUGAUGAUGCAGCGAAAUAGCAGUGAGGAAGCAAUUUAUAUAGGUAACUUAACUGUGGCAAAUGGAAAAUCAGAUAUAGAAAAUAUUUUACAAAUUCUUAAAUGGCGGGGUGAAAGUAAUGGAACCUGUUGGAGAUCAGUCUAUGGAAAUAUGUUGAAUGGCACUGAUGGAACUCGUUAUAAACCUUUUUUUGAAAGAAAUCAAAGAUUGUAUAUGUUUAUGGCAGAUGCCUUUAGGUCAAUAUACUUGAAUUAUGAAAAAGAUGUGGAGUUCUAUGACAUCCAACUUUACAGUCACACAACAUCAUUUAAUCUAUUAGGAAAUGUGAGCAUUAGUCCAUGGAAUCAAGAUUUUUGUACUGAUCAGUGCUAUGAGACAGGAGUUUUACAUGUCGGAGGCUGUGCUGAUUCACCAAGUGUUCCAGUGUUUAUGUCAUGGCCGCAUUUUUAUCAAGGUGAUGAAAUGCUGUAUAAAAAUGUUGAUGGGUUGAGUCCAAAUAAAGAAAAACAUGCAAUUUUUAUAAAUGUAGAACCGAUUACUGGAAUAACUAUGCAAGCAAAGAUUCGAUUGCAAAUAAAUUUCCUUGUGGAAAAGAUUCCUUUACUUCACAUAGCAGAAGGUUUGGCAGCAGAGAGGACUUAUAUGCCAGUGUUUUUUUUUGAUGAGACUGGCGAAAUAGAUGGUAAAAACGCAGCUAUGUUGCGCGAGAAGGUUAUUCAAUUAAGAAAAUAUUUAAAACUAUCGAUAGUUGUUACCAUUGGAAUCGGCUUUAUUCUACUAGUUAUUUCUCAGAUUCUGUUUACUUUUAAAAAAAAUACAAGUUCUUAAUAAUACUAAUA